AUGAUUACUGAAGAUCAUGAGUCAUUCAACGAAGAAAUGUCAUUUAUGGUUGAGGAGGUGAGACCAAGCAUAGCUGCCACUACCUUGAAGGAGCGAUUAUGCCUUCAAAGAAGUGCGAUUAAGCUCGAGAUGAAAAGAUCGUUUGAUACGUCUGUAUAUCGCUUGUCAGACAUGGAAAAGCAUGCCCUCGUAGACAUAGUUCAACAAAAUCCCACUAUCUGGGAUGAACAACAGCAAAGCUACAAGAAUCUGCAAGCAAGAGCGGCAGCCUGGAGACAUGUAGCAGAUGAGAUGCAGGUAGAAUUUGGUAAAAAUUUUGAAGCUGAACCUUUGCAAAAGGCUUUCAAGAAUCUACGGGACGUUUAUGUCCGAAAACGCCGUGAAUACUCUGACGUUCUGCGCCGCAAGAGCGGCGCAGAAUCUGGUAUUCUCGAAAAAAUAGCGGGUUGGCCUUUUUAUAAGCAAAUGAGCUUUCUCGACGCCGGAACCGAUCAAGGCGAACGUUUUUGCAAUGUCGAUUUUGAAGACAAUGAAAUCAUCGACGUUACUGAAGAGACGCAGAUUGUGGAAGUUACUGAAACGUCAAGCCAGUCCUCUACUGCAAACAAUAGCAUUAGACCACUCACAGAAAUCACAUCUGCAAAAAAGUCAGGAAGAAAACAGAAUAAAGGAAAAGAUUCUCUUGAUAAACUUGGCACAGUGCUCAAAAGUCUGGAGCCGCCAGACAGAUUUGAAUCGUUCGGUCAACUGCUGUCGAGUACACUUCGUGAACUCAACUCGCUAGACGCUACGAAAGCUGAUGCGUUUGCCUUGAAGGUGCUGCAUAAUCUGCUGGCACGAGGCCUUACCCGUGAAGAACUAACAAGAAGAUACCCCCCGGACAGCCCGAAUGAAGAAGAAGAAUCCUCUCCCAGAGUCAGAGCUCCAUAUGCCGAUACACCCCAUGUACAGCGGGAUAGACUCGCAAACUUCUUUGCACAUAGGGACGGUUACUGUUGA